CUGAGGGCUUUAAAAGGAGAACAGUGAGACUCUCUGCCUCUCUGUGCUCCUCCUUUCUGCCAUGUGAGACCCCUGGGUCACUGUCGCCAUCACCAACACCCUCAUGAGAUGUGUUCCCUGGACUUUGGACUUCCCAGCCUCUGAGACUAGUCCCGAAGAGACAGAAAGGAUUCACUGGAGAAUAGACGGUCAUGAUACUCCUCUUUACUGAUUCCUUUCCAUUUCAAGGAGAGAAGCCAAAGUAGCCCAGGAAUGAUGUAACAUGCUCCGUUCUAACCUUCUUGGCUUAUAUUUCCAGGUUCUUAGUGCCAGUCAAAUGAAGAUAAAAGCAGUAAUGAUGCCACCCAUGGUCCCCUCCACACCAGGAAGGCGAUGAUGGGCAUGAAGGUGCAAAGUCUGAGGCGUCCCUCAACGCAUCGCUUCUGCCCGGACGAUCACCCUUUCCAAGUGGGACAGCGGUUCCGCGAGGAGGUCGACUCCCGGGGGCAGGACGCGUUCUCGAAGGAAAUGGAUGCGGUCGGCUCGGGGGCCCCCCGACGCGCGCUUCCCGGGGUCUAGUCCCGGAGCCUCCGCGGGGCUGGCCGCAUGGCUGAGUCCUGAGUGAGAAUGGUGCGACGGGGGCUGCUGGCGUGGGUGUCGCGCGUGGGGGGGCUGCUGGUGCUGCUGUGCUGUGCCGUGUCGGUGCUCUACAUGCUGGCCUGCACCCCGAGGGGCGACCAGGAGCAGCGGGGGCUGCCGCGGGCCCACGGCCCUACGGGCAAGGACGGCUUCCAGGCCGCGCUGCAGGAGCGGGAGGAGCAGCACCGCGACUACGUGAGCAGCCUGAAGCGGCAGAUCGCGCAGCUCCAGGAGGAGCUGCAGGAGAGGGGCGAGCAGCUACGGGGCGACCGCGACCCCCCGGCCAGGAGCCAGGCCGACCUGCUGGCCUUCCUGCGCGCACAGGUGGACAGGGCGGAGGUGCACGCCGGGGCCAAGCUGGCCACCGAGUACGCGGCCGUGCCCUUCGACAGCUUCACCCUGCACAAGGUGUACCAGCUGGAGACCGGCCUGACCCGCCACCCCGAGGAGAAGCCGGUGAGGAAGGACAAGCGGGACGAGCUGGUGGAAGCCGUCGAGUCGGCCUUGGAGGCCCUGAACAGCCCUGCGGAGAGCGGCCCCCAUCAGCGCCCUUACACGGCCUCGGACUUCAUAGAAGGGAUCUACCGAACAGAAAAGGAUAAAGGCACUUUGUAUGAGCUCACCUUCAAAGGAGACCACAAGCACGAGUUCAAACGACUUGUCUUGUUUCGACCGUUUGGCCCUAUCAUGAAAGUGAAAAAAGAAAAACUCAACAUGGCCCACACGCUUAUCAACGUUAUCGUGCCACUAGCAAAGAGGGUGGACAAGUUUCGGCAGUUCAUGCAGAAUUUCAGAGAGAUGUGCAUCCAACAGGACGGGAGGAUUCAUCUCACUGUUGUUUACUUUGGGAAAGAAGAAAUGAAUGAAGUCAAAGGAAUACUUGAAAACACUUCCAGAGCUGCCAACUUCAGGAACUUCACCUUCAUCCAACUGAAUGGAGAGUUCUCUCGGGGAAAGGGACUUGAUGUCGGAGCCCGGUUCUGGAAGGGAAGCAACGUCCUCCUCUUUUUCUGUGACGUUGACAUCUACUUCACCUCUGAGUUCCUCAAUACGUGUAGGCUAAACACACAGCCAGGGAAGAAAGUAUUUUAUCCAGUCCUUUUCAGCCAGUACAAUCCCGGCAUAAUAUACGGCCACCAUGAUGCAGUCCCGCCUUUAGAACAGCAGCUGGUCAUAAAGAAGGAGACUGGAUUUUGGAGAGACUUUGGAUUUGGGAUGACAUGUCAGUAUCGGUCAGACUUCAUCAAUAUAGGUGGGUUUGAUUUGGACAUCAAGGGCUGGGGCGGGGAGGACGUGCACCUCUACCGCAAGUAUCUCCACAGCAACCUCAUAGUGGUGCGGACGCCCGUGCGGGGACUCUUCCACCUCUGGCACGAGAAGCGCUGUGUGGACGAGCUGACCCCGGAGCAGUACAAGAUGUGCAUGCAGUCCAAGGCCAUGAAUGAGGCAUCCCACGGGCAGCUGGGGAUGCUGGUCUUCAGGCACGAGAUAGAGGCUCACCUUCGCAAACAGAAACAGAAGACGAAUAGCAAAAAAACAUGAACUCCCAGGGAUGGAUUUAGGGAGACACUGAAUAUUUUUUCCUUUUGCAAUUACUGAAAAAGUGGCUGCAAUGAGGAAAAGACUUCCAUAAAGAGUGAAAGAAAGAAUUUGACUGAUUACUAACGGACAGAGGAAAGAGCCUCCAAUUUCUCUUUGUCUACAUAGCUUAUGGAACAGAAAUGAAAAUCUCCACUUUGUCUCCAAAAGUAGCCCAGAUGCACCCUGUACAGUGUCUGACAAAGACAGAAUGAUUGUAAGAUUAUAAGCCUCAUGGCGUGGAGGUUUUGAUUGUGUUUACAACAAAAUGAGAUCUAUUGUUUCCUAUGCUCGUUGAAAUAUUCAUGAAUUGAGACCAGUUUUGUAAAAAGUUUAUUAGAAUGAAAAGCACAUUUCUCCCCAUAUGAAUGAUUCUGUCAGUAGGGCUCUAGUUCCUAGGAAUGCUAAAACAUCAGAAGGCAGGAGAGGGGAAUAUGUGAAAUGCAGAGACGCUCUCAUCAUGAUCCUUGUGAGCACAUUAAGCAAAACCAAGCAGACCAGAAAAGGAAAAAAAACAGCCAUAAAUAUUGUAUCAAUUUCCCCCAAGAUUAACCAAAAAUAAUCUCAUCUUUUUGGUUGUCAUUUUAGCCAUCUCCAUUUGUUUAUUUUAUUUAAAAAUGCACUUUUACUUUGCUUGUGAGUUAUAUUCUGCUUAUUUAAUUACUAAUUUGCAAGCCUUACUAAGAGAGCACAAGUUAGCAUAAUUUUUAUAGUUUUAAGAAGAUGCUUCUGGAUGCAUUAUGAGAACUUUCAGUUCAGAGCAUCGAAUUGAUGCCAUAUCCAAGGACAUGCCAAGUGCUGACCCUAUCGGGCACGGAAUGUCGAUGACAGAACUUUACACAUGUGGAAGGCAUGGUUUGCGGCUGCUGAUAGAGACAUAUAGACACUUUAUCUGAAGAGUAUUUCUGAAGAGGAGCAUCUGAACACUGGAGGGAAAGAAAAAGAUACUUUUCACCUUAACAGAAAAGGAAACUCAUUCAGACUGGUGAUAGCUUGAUACAUGUAAAAGUCAGAAAACACAUUUUCUCCUCUGGAGAAAUGAGGACCACUUUUUCUUACUUGUUUAAAUAAACCAAAGUAUACUGUGUGAACCAAACAAUCUCUUUUCAAAGCAGGGUGCUCUUCCUGGCUUCUGAUUUCCAUAAGAAGAAAUGCAGAAAAAUAUAUUUUGUGAAAGAUCAAUCCAUCUGCCAGACUAGUGGGAUGGAAGUUUUUGCUAUGUGAUCACCCACCCAAGGCUAGGUGGAUAUAACUUAAUUAUUUUUAAAAUUAAGCAGUUCUACUUAAUCACCAAUAAAGUUGCAGUUUAUUACAGUUUCGAACUAUUUUUUAAAAAAUAAAGACAGUUAACAUUGAGUGGUUUCUACAUUCAUGACAAAAUUAUUUAUUAUCCAGCACCACCAGAUGCAUGAGCUAAUUAUUUCUAUGAUUCCUUGCCUUCUGUUUGCCCACAGUAAACUCAUUGUUUAAAAGCUUCAAGAAAUUCAAGCUGUUGUGGGGGUUUUUUUGUUUGUUUUUGUUUUUAAUGCAUUGUAUUGAUCUGUACUGGUAGUUCAUAAAAUUUUAUUAAAACACAGGACAUGAAUGGAAGGUGGUA